AUGGAGCAACAAGUCCUUGAUCUUUUAGCGGCCACACUCGUUGCCUCGACCUCUAUCCGCAGUGAUGCAGAGCGCCAUUUGGAACAACUCUACACUAACGACACAUUCCCAAUCUCCCUAAUCUCCAUAGCGUCUCACAAGUCUGUCGCUCUCGAUCAUCGCCAGGCCGCGCUUCUCUCCCUCAAAAAACUGGUAUUGAAGAUAUGGUCACCAUCCCUGGAGGAAUACGAAGGUCCGGAUACCUUGAGCGACGCGACCAAAGAGCAAGUGCGGCAGUCCGUGCUGUCCAUUGCGACAGCCUCCGAUGAAGAGAGGAAGAUCGUUGCGGCGGCCAGCUACGUCGUCAGCAAGAUCGCAAGUGCCGACUUUCCAGAGCAAUGGCCAAGCCUGCUCCCCACCCUAUUGAACCUCGUCCCACAGGCGGAUGCGACACAGUUGCACGGUGCGCUAUUGGUCCUUGGCAGUCUUGUUGAAGACGGAUUCGAUGAAGAGCAAUUCUCCGGAAGCGCGAUCGACCUCGUCAAAUGUAUCUACAUUGUGGCUGUCGAUGGGGAGAAGAGGCUGACGACGAGGGCACUGGCGGUCUCGAUUUUUCGAGCGUGCCUCGACACCAUGGAGUUGGUGUAUCAGACCAACAAGGCUUCUGUGACGCAGUUCAUGCAAGAACUCUCGGAGGUGUGGUCACCAUUCUUCAUAGAGGUUCUCAAGAUGCCUCUUCCACACAUGCCGAGCGAAGAGGAAGAAAACGAGAAGGGUCCCGCGGACUCGAAUUGGCGAGGGGUGAUUGCUCUGAAGACCCAGGUCGUAAAGGCACUCGACAAAAUUCAUAACUUGUUUCCGCAGCUUCUCAGUCCGCGUACCCUAGAGUUGUUCAGCACGAUAUGGGAGUCAUUACAAGCUCACCUAUCACCAUAUCUCACGAUGUAUACCGGAGACCAACAAAGACAGAGUCGUAUGGAUGACGCAGAUCGACUGCCGUAUACUCUCGAUUACCUUGUUAUCGAAGAGCUCGAUUACAUCCAGACACUUUUGAACACGUCGAUAAUCAAACGCGAAUUGGAUGUGCAACUGGCGCCUGAGAGAAUGACUAAUGGCGCUCCCAAUAGUACCUGGAUUCAACAAAUUCUAGCUACUGCUGUUGGCUAUUCUCAGAUCUUGACUGAGGACGAAGAACUCUGGGAGGUGGACAUUAACGUCUUUCUGUCAGAAGAAACAUCGGAGACGGCGAAUUACUCCGCUCGCAAUGCAUGCGCGGGCCUCGCAACGAAACUUUGCAGCUACAAUUGGCCUGUGCUCGAAAGUCUGCUGGCCCAUAGCAAGACGGUCUUCGAGGGUGGAGCGUCGAACCCAAAGGAAAAGGAGGCGGUGCUAUAUGUUCUCAAGCAGGUGUUAGAAGAAGUCAGCUCGUACGAGAGACCCGUGGGUCCAGAAAUCGCGCAGGCGUACCUCAGCCAUUGCCAGGCCGCUAUGCAGGACAGUGGAAGCGAGUUCUUGAGAGCGCGCGGCUUCAUUGCGGCGGGUGCUCUCAUCACUGCACCCGGGAAAGCAUUGCGGGAUCUGGUCCCUGAGUUCGCACUUCAGUCUCUGAAGGCCAUCGAACAUGAAUCCUCCGAUAUCGUCAAAGUCUCUUCUAUGCGUGUACUCCAGCAGUAUCUGAAAGUCUUACCAGCAGGGAGAGCUCAGGAAUUCCAAGUCCAAACCGUGGCCGCGAUCUCCGGAUUCUUGUCAUCGCAUGAUCUCAGUGAGAUCAACGACACCGAAGACCUCCUGGAUACACUGGUAGAGACUCUUCGAGACGCUGUCAUGACCGAUCCCACUUUGUGCCUUGAACACCCAGCUCUUGAUGUGCUCUUUACAAUGGCGGCGUAUGGUGCUCGCAGCUGGCAAACAUCGAUGCUUGUUAAUGAGACCUUUGAAUCCAUUACUUCCAUCAUGUCCUCAAAGGGACCCGAAACUUAUGCUCGGCUGUGUUCGAAGGUUCUCCCGAGCCUGACAGGCGCCCUGGACGUGGGAGAUAUGACCUCGGAAAACUCGCUCAGCGACAUGGCUGUAUCUUUGCUCGCUACCCUUGCAGAGUAUGGAUCAGAACCCUUACCUCAGGGAUUUGUUGCCACGUUACUCCCAAAAUUAUACCGGCUUCUGUUCCUGCCUCUAGAGUUCAGCGUCCAUCAGUCAGCCACGAUCACGAUCAAAUAUAUUUUGGUGCACGAUCCUGCUCAACUCUUCGCUUGGCGCGAUCCAGAGACUGGGAAGGAAGGCCUGGAAAUUGUUCUUCUCAUCAUUGACCGGCUCCUAGGUCCAGAGGUUGAUGACUCUUCAGCAGCAGAGGUUGGAGGCCUCGCCGUGGAGUUGGUCGAGAAAGCAGGCGCCGAAAGACUGGGGCCGUACCUCAUGCAGUUGCUGCAAGUUGUGGCGAUCCGCCUGAGCACAGCCGAACGUGCAAAUUUCAUUCAGAACCUCGUCCUCGUGUUUGCUCGACUGUCUCUGACUAAUGCGAAAGAGGUUCUCGACUUUUUGGCCCAAGUCCAGGUGGAAGGCGCCGAUGGUGGCACAGGUCUCGAAGUCGUACUGAGAAAGUGGCUGGAGAACUCUAUCAACUUCUCGGGAUACGACGCCAUCAGACAGAACGUCAUUGCGUUGACGAACAUUUACCAGCUUCACGACGAGCGACUUUUGAACAUCCAGGCUAAAGGAGACCUAAUCGUGCAGAACAGCUCCCGGAUCAAGACCCGCUCCCAGUCCAAGAGAGAGCCGGAUCAAUAUUCGAUCAUACCAAUCCCACUCAAGCUCAUCAAGGUCCUUAUCCAGGAGCUUGCCAAUUCCAGUCCCACCACGCCUGGCUUUCACAAGAGAAAUCACAGUCUGCAGGGUGGCAUAAGCGACGACGAAGACGAUGACUGGGAAGAUGAGCCCACAUUAUUGGAUCUCGGGGCUCAGGCCACGAGACAGGAUCUGAUGGGGUACGUGGACGAGGCCAAAUGGAACACGCAUGAGACCGACGACGCGACACAGAAGUACCUCGUCGAUUUCUUCAAUGGUAUAUCUAACGACCCAGGGUUCCAAGAGUUGUAUCAUUCUUUGACCGAUGCGGAACGCGAAAAGUUGCAUAAGAUGAACGAGCAACAGAAUCAACUACCGCAGAUUAUCCAGUCGCCGAUUCAGUAG